AAGAUCUAUCUAGAGUUCUGCUGUCGUCUAUUCAAUUGUUGCUUAACAUUUCUUCAUUGGCAUAAAGAGGAUGUUCCUUUGGCAUUCUCGGCACCACACUUCUAUGGCAGCAGCUAUAAUUGGUCAAAGUAUUUCGAGGGCCUUAAACCCAAUGCUACAGAGCACGAAGCUUUUAUCCUGUUGGAACCCAUGAUGGGUAUACCGAUCAUUGAAAGGCUUCGUUUCCAGUCGAACACCAUCAUGCCUACUUGUAACAGGAACUUGGAUAAUAAGAUUGUACCGAGAUUUUGGUACGACUUUGAAAUGGCUGAACUACCCUUUAAGGUACUUUUCGUCCUUUACUUUAACGUAAACGCACUACCAGUGCUGCAACCAAUGAUUAUGGUGGUGUUACUGCUGGGCGCUAUUUGGAGUCUGUACAAAAUAGGAAGAUUAAUUCUGCAGAGAAAACGCGCUGCUGCAGUGGCAGAGGGCGGUCAGUCGUAUUAUCAUGAAAACACAACCUCAAUGUGAACAUAAUAUCAUUAGCUGAAUGGUAAAUUUUUUAAUGUAAAAUCGCGACAAAAUCGUUGCACUCUUAAUCAGUUUUAUUAAUAAAGAUCACG